AUGCCUGCCAUCACACCUGCUCACACGCUACCAUCGAUCAAACUAGGAUCCCACAUCUUAGUCACUGGCGCGAGUGGCUUCAUCGCCGCUUGGACUUGUCGGCUACUACUUGAACAGGACUUCAAGGUCCGAGGAACGGUGAGGAGUGCGGAAAAGGGAGAUUAUCUCACAAAUCUCUUCAAAGAAUUCGGGGACAAAUGGUCAUAUGUGAUUGUAAUAUCAGAUAGUGCCGUUAGACUGACGGCUCCACUAUUUUUUGCCAUGAAACAGCCGAACGGUUUUGAUGAGGCUGUCAAAGAUAUGGAUGGAAUCCUACACCUUGCAUCACCCUUUAGCACACACACGUCUGAUGACCCUUACAAAACUUACGUUUCUCCGGCAGUUGAUGGCACGCUGUCCGUCUUGAAAUCUGCACAUGGCCCGAAUGGCGCCACGGUGAAGCGUAUCGUCGUCACUUCUUCAAUCGGGGCGGUCACCAGCUUCAAUGCACCUGCGAUAGAGGGGAAAGUUUUCACAGAGAAAGAUUUCAAUGAAGUUGACCCACAAAUCCUCGCAGAGAAAGGUAAAGAUUCUCCGCCAUGGACUGCUUACUUUGCAUCCAAAGUCCUAGCAGAGAAAGCUGCAUGGGAGUAUGUCAAGACCAACGAGACCAAGUAUGAUCUUGUAACCAUCUGUCCACCUUUUGUUUUGGGGCCUAUUAUCCAUCAGGUCAAAAAUGAAGCUGCUUUGAAUACUAGUGUAAAUGCUUUCUAUGAAUACCUUGUAGGAAAAGGUGACAGCGAAGCUGCAAAGCGCCCGGCUGGUAUAGCAGUUGACGUGCGUGACGUUGCGGCAGCCCACAUUCAAUCUUUGAUCGUUGAAAAGGCUGGUGGGAACAGAUACCUGGUUUCCAAGCCUGAUUCCAAAUUGUUACCAGAACCUUUGAUAUGGCAAGAUGCAUUGGAUAUAGUCUAUGCGAGCAGUGACGCUGCUCAUUGGCCUCAAGCACCAAAACGCAACCCUGGCGAGGAGAAAAUUGUAGUACCAAAUCCCGUAGAUACUUCAAAAUCUAUAAGCGAUCUUGGAUUGAAGUAUCAUAGCUUUGAGACUACAAUCUUGGACAUGUGCACUUCUUUCAAGACUCUCUUUAAGAAAUAA